GUAAAAUGGAGUAAUAAUAAUAAAAUUAUUUUUAUUUUUAUUUAUUUAUUUUUCUAGAAAUCUCAACAAACCCCACUUUCCUUUAUAUCCACUUUCUCUCUCCUUCUCCCUUUCUCCGAUUCUUCUUCAUCUGAUUUUUGCAGCACAAACGGUGAAAGUUAAAAAUGGUGAGUGAAGUUGAGAAGAAUGCUUCUGGACAAGAGGAAGUUGUUUCAAUGGAGCUCCCAGCUCCCUCUGGUUGGAAGAAACAGUUCUUCCCUAAAAGAGGAGGCACACCAAGGAAGAACGAGAUUGUCUUUACUUCCCCAACAGGAGAGGAGAUCCACAACCAAAGACAGCUGCAACAGUACCUGAAAUCACAUCCUGGUGGUCCACCAGCAUCUGAAUUUGACUGGGGUACUGGUGAGACACCUAGAAGAUCAGCUCGAAUUAGCGAGAAAGUUAAAUCUUCUCCUCCCACUCCUGAAAGUGACCCCCCGAAGAAAAAGAGUAGGUCGUCAUCUGCUUCCAAGAAGGAUAGCAAGGAGGGUGAGGUCACAGCUGAAGAAACAAAGACAGAUGAGGUCACAGCUGAGGAAACAAAGACAGAUGAGGUCCAGAUGGAUGACGCUGAAAAGAUAGAGAAAGAAGAGAUAAAUGAGGGAGCCAAAAAAGAUGUCGAGAUGCAGGAAGCUGAGAAAGAUGUUGCAAACGAGAACCAAGCUGAGGACAAAGGUGUGGAUUCUGAGACCAAGGAGGUUGUUCCUGAGCCUGAGAGAGAGACCACAGUGGCUGUAGGUAAGGAGGAGAAUGGUGUAGAAACUGAGAAGCAAGAUACAAAUGCAAGUGAGGGUGAUAAGACCUUUGUUGAAGAUGCAGAGAAGCAUGCCCCACAAGAGCAAGACAGUUUGCAGGGACAGGUGAAAGAAGAUGCUGAAAUUCAAGAUACAAAAGAAAGUGAUGGAGAUAAGACCACCUCUGUUGAGAUUGUGGAUGUAGCAGGGAAGCAGGGCCCACAGGAGCCAGCUGAGAAGCAAGAUGGUUUGCAGGAACAGGUGAAAGAAGAUGCUGAACAAGGCAAGAAAGUUGCAGCAGAUGCAACUAGUAUUCAGGAUAAGGAAGCAGGGGAUCCUUCUCAAGUUGGAGAAGAUAAUUCUAAAGCUGUGGAGCAACCACAACCUGAGAAACAAGACGGUUUGCCAGAGCAGGUGAAGCCUGAAGCUGAUGUGAAUAGCAUUUCAAAAGACAACGGGACAGCUGCUCCAGGACUCACAGAAGAACUAAAGGGAAUAGAUUCCGUGGCAGGUGACAUAAGCAACAAAGUAUUGGAGGUGACCGAGAAUGGAAGCCAGGCAGGUGAGGCUAGGUCUUGAAUCUUGAUCCUCGCUAAUGUGGUUGUCAUCUUGCUGUUGGAGUCGUCUCUUUUUGAGAUUAUGGAGAUCUCUAAAUGACUGUAUUACUAUUAGCGUUGUUGUUUAUGGUAGAUUUUGAUUCGUUGUUUAGUGAAGAUACCCCUGUACACAGUUGUAGAUUAGGCCUCAGAGUCCUUGACAUAGCCAGUGAUUAGGGGGGAAAUUUGUAGCUCCUACAGAGAUUUGUCUGUAACGUUAUGCUGUCAAAUUACUGGUUCUGUUAUAACUUAACAACCAUUUAUGUAUUGUAUGAUACUACUCGAAUAUGUACUAUCACAUUCUUCAAUUUCGUUACACAA